GAGACUUUAUAUAAUAGACAGAAAAGGGGAGUACCCAAAACCAAGGACAAGGAGAGGAAGCAGUUCACUGCUCUCCUGUAGCCCGCUCUGCUUCACUUCAAAACCCUACCCUCUAAUAAACAUUUCUCUUUAUUGGGCUUAUUAUAGAGAGUUUUUAUUUUGUUUUUGUGAAAACAGAGAAAAGAAAAAGGAUAAUAAACCACACAACAUAAUCUCACUGUCUCUCCACUCCCUUUCUUUGUCUGUCUUUUUGUUUUUCUUGAGAAACCAAAAAAAAAAAAAAAAGAAAACAGGAGGAAAAAAAAAAAACCAGAACCGCCAUGGAUACUUAUGAAGCAACAAACAUACUUAUGUCAAAGAUCAAGAGUAUAGACCCAGAAAAUGCCUCAAAAAUCAUGGGUUAUAUCCUCAUACAAGACCUAAAUGAGAAUGAUUUGUUAUCUUUAGCUUUUGGUUCUGAAACCCUUUUGCAUAACGUGAUUAUUAAAGCCAAAACUCAUUUAGGACUUUCAACAAACACCUUAACUACCCCUUCUUCUCCUUUGCCUUCUCCGCUAAAUCCUAUUUCAAGACCUGCAAAUAAUCACAGCCCAUUUUCUACACAGUCUUCUUCUUCUCCUAGAGUUGGUACUCCUUUUGUUGAUUUUGCUAAAAGCCCAUCUCCACAUUCAUGGCCUGCUUCAGGUUUGGCUAAUAACAACAAUGGUAUCACUUCUAUCAGUCCAAAGUCUAGUCCUUUUUUGUCUUAUGAUAAUAUACGCUCUGGGUCUGCUUUAGUGCCUCCGUCUGCUACUGCAAAUGGUGGUAAUGGGAGUGGUGAUGUUAGCCGUAACAGUACUGAUUUACUUAAUGAGUAUCAGUUAGAUGAAUACUUUUCGUUUCUGGAUGAUUUGCCUUCAAAAGGUGAAGACUUCGGUGAUCCAAGGGCUCAAUUGGGUGGUUUUAGUAUGAAUAAUGUGGAUAACCAUAUACAUAGAAGGAGAUUUUCUGAAAGUGAUGCGUGCUUUGGUACUGAAGAUGGGGGUUUUGGGAUUGGCUACAGACCAUGUUUGUAUUUUGCUAGAGGCUUCUGCAAAAAUGGUGAAAAUUGCAAGUUUGUACAUGGUGGUUUUGGUGCUGGUGAAAAUAUUGGUGAUGUUAGUGGUGGUGGUGGUGGUGGUGGUGGUGGUGGUCUCCUUGUGGGUUCACCUAGGGAAAUGGAGGGCCUUUAUUUGCAACAGCAGGAAGAUAUGAUGAGGAUGAAGGCUGCACAGCAGCAGCAGAGAUUGGCUUACAACAAGUACAUGAAUUUUCUGUUGCAACAAGAAAGUGACUCCCAGAGAAUAGGGCCAGCGUCAGUGAUGAUGGGUGAUGAAUUUCAUAAGAUUGGUCAGUUCCGUCCUGAAAGGAAUGACUUUUUGGCAAUGGCAAUGGAAGAAAAGGCAAAUUCAGCUUCUAGGCAGAUCUACUUGACAUUCCCAGCUGAUAGCACUUUCAAGGAUGAAGACGUAUCAAAUUAUUUUAGCCAUUUUGGACCAGUUCAAGAUGUCAGAAUUCCAUAUCAGCAGAAGCGGAUGUUUGGGUUUGUGACAUUUGUUCAUUCAGAUACGGUGAAGCUUAUACUGUCAAGGGGUAAUCCUCAUUUUAUAUGUGAUUCACGUGUGCUUGUUAAGCCAUACAAGGAAAAAGGAAAAGUCACAAACAACAGCAGAAGGCAACAACAACUGCAGCAGCAACUAAUGGAUAGGGGGAAUUUUUCACCCUGUUCUAGCCCUUCUGGUCUUGAUCCUAGAGAGCUAUAUGAUCUGCACCUUGGAGCUAGAAUGCUCUACAAUUCACAGGAGAUGAUGUUGAGAAGAAAGUUGGAGCAGCAGGCUGAGCUGCAGCAAGCAAUUGAACUCCAAGGAAGAAGAUUGAUUAAUCUGCAACUUCCGGACUUGAGAGGAGACUAUGCUCACCAUCACCAGCGUAGUCUGUCUGCUGGUGCACCAAUUUCCACUCAUGCUCCUGUUGAUCACAAUCUGAAUUUUACAUCUGACAUCAAGAAUCAGGAUGUCUUAGAAGGUUGGACAAUAAAUGACAAGGGUGAUAGCUCACCCACAACCAAUGCCUCUACUGUUGUUGCAGAACAGAACCUUCAGCAUGAAGAAAAUGCAGCUUCUUUUCAGAGUAAUGAUGGCGUCAAUGGCAAGGUGGAGGGCAUCAGUCUGGAAGGAUGUGAUGCCAAUAAACAUUGUGGACGGAUCAUAGAGCAUGGUCUUCCUGAUAGCCCCUUUGCUUCUCCUGCAAAAUCACUGGGGAAUCCAGGUGACUUGUACCCUUGUUUGGUUGAAGCUAAAGAAAGCAUUGAAUUCUCUAGCACUUCAGCUUUUGAAAUUAGUGCAGCAGUGCCCACUACUUCAUCUGUUGAUGUGCCUUCUCCUAAAUAAUGUUCAAAAUGUGCAGUCAGUGUUAUGUAGGUAAUAAAGGUUAGCUUGGCCAAACAGAUCAACUUUGCUAGGAAAACUUAGAGCACAUACGAGGAAGCUUCUGUAGAUGUAUAGCAAAAUUAUACCUGCACCAAAUGGUAGAUCUGUAGAGAAUAUCUGAACAAGAUUGCCAUCAUGAUCAUCAAUACGAUACUAGCAACAGCAAAAGCAUAUUACAUACAUAAUGGACAGAUGAACUAAUUCGAGUAGGGUUCUCUCUUUUUUACUUUUUUUGCUCUUCUGUAGGCUGUGUGCUGGACCACAAACUGAAGUAGAACUAAAGAAUAUGACUCUUGUUACAAUGUGAAGUAUACAUCUUUGCAAUAUUUUACCAUCCUUCUCCUAUAAGAAAUUACACUUGUUGCUAGUAUGUGAAAACCAGAUUAGACCACAAAUGUACAACCUUCUGUAGGAGCAGACCGGGUAAUUUAAGAGUUGAAUGAAACUGAAAUAUCAACUAUCAUGCUGAAUGGAUGAUGCAAGAAAAUGAGCUGGUAGAUGAAGUAGAUGGGAAAAGCAUCUCCUCCUACCCUUUAUUUUUUUAUUAUUAUCAUUACUAAAUCAAAUUAAUUUAUUUGUACAGUUCUUAUUAUCAGUGUUUGAUUAUCCGCUUUGGAAUCAUCAAUCAAACAGGCAAAGUGAAAAAGUUAUAUUACAUGAGAAAAAGUAGAGGGUGAAUGGGGUAUUUCUUUUAUAUGGUCAAGGCAUACUUUUAGGGGACUCUUUUGUCUCAUUUUAUUUCUUUAGGUCCACAUGCGGGGAAAGGGCCAUUCUUGUCACAUGGGUGCUGACAUUAUAUAAAGAUGGUACCAGGGUAUCACACACUCCUUUCCCUUUCAGCUUAUUGAAAUAUUUGUUUUUGAAUCUUUAGUAUAUUGAUGCUAGAUGCUCUGUAUUACUGUUUUCUGUUUUGUUUUGCUUUUAAUUUAUGGUAGUUCUGCAUGUGCAGCAUUUGUUGCUUGGAUACACUUCAUCUCUUGUGACUUUAUAUAUAUAUAUAUAUAUAUAUAUAUAUAUAUAUAUAUAUAUAUAUAUAUAUAUAUAUAGUGUUCUAGCAUUUUUAUAACUAUAAUCUGUAAAAAAACCCAAGAGGGUUAACUUUCUUUGUGCAGAUGAUUAUGUAAUGUUUUUGAGGGGAUGUUAUGUUUCUGACUGCUGAUGUUGUACAUAUAGUGUUUUCAAAUUAGUCUCCACUUGAAACAAAAGCAUAAUUAAAUUCUCCAUGAUUGCAUAUUUGUCUUCACUAAUUGCAGUCGUUUUCCAUGAUAAGAUCAUUCUUGGAUUUUGUCUGCAAGUAAUUUCUCCGACUUGUGGAGAAACCACAUGGACCACCAUGCUGGUCUGGUCUAUAUCAUUGUUAUAGGGUUUACACUCGCAAGUUGUCUUUUACAAUGCAUGGACUCUUCUGCACUUGGCUUGAGAUCUUAAUAACAUUCUUCUCAUGUGAAAGGCCAUUUCGGUACAAUCCUCAUUUCUUUUUCCUUAUUUUUAAUAUGUACUUGCAUGUUAAAUGUGCUGUCAAAUUAAUUUGAUUUUGGUUGAUUCUGUAUGUAAUUAAAAGGAGCUUCUGUCUCAACUGUUUGGAGAUUGUAUUUCUUAAUUUUUUCUCUUUUCAAAAUUUUGAGAUUUUCCGAAACCAUGGUAUGGGAGAAGCUGAAUAAAUACAGAAGGAAGGAGCAUCUUGUUAUAAUAAGCAACUGGGUCUGGCUACUUGGUAAUUGGGACAUAAUGGAUGUAUUUCGAAAUUUAUAUAAAUGGAGAACAUGUUGCUUCAAGUGAUUAAAAAAAGAGAUGAAUAAGGUCCAGCAAGAAUAAGGAACAUUUUAAACUGAUUUCAUUAGGAUCAAUCAUCUUCUCAUAAUGAUCCAUACGGUGGGUGCUCUUGAAUGUUAUUUCCAAAUGAAUUAGAUGACAAGUGAUGCAUUAUUAAUUUACCCACUUUACGAAAACGCCAACAGUGGCAGAGAAGAGAAGAGAAGAGAAGGAACACAUGUAUUCAGGUCUGAACGGAGAAUGUGGACCAGCAGUUCCAACUUAGGCAGUGAUGAGCUUAAAGAAUGCAACUACAGCCCACCUGACACCUGCUUCAAUCCUUCUUUUUCUUUCUUUCUUUCUCCAGUCUUUGAAAAGUUCUUUUAGGUUUUGGUCCCAUUUUGGAAACCAAGUUCCAUUCCUCAUCAUUAUACUUUUAAGGUUCGGAUCAAUAAUUUCAAACACUAUACACCAAACUAGCCACUUAUACCCUAUAAAGCAAGCCCACUGCCUUAGCCACGGGUCCAAAAUUAUUCUGCCUUAAUAGGCCCAUUAACUUAUGCAUCCUCACCAUGUACAUUUUCUUUUUCAAAUUUGGUCAUCAUUCUCAAAUUUAUUUGUUUUCUUUUUUAGAAUAAUAAUAUCAAAUUUAUCAACUAAAUAAAAAUAAAAGAAAUUGUUUCUAAAUAUAUUUUAACUUAUUCAGUAAAAAGCUAUAAAAGCAUUUAAUAUUGUUUUUUCACUUAAAUAAAGCAGACAUUCUAAUUCAUUUAUUUUUCCUUUUAAGAAAAAAAACAUAAAUUCUAAUCCAAUUUCAAUGCUAAUUGUAUAGUAAAUUUUACUUUCCUGAUCUGGUCAAAACAGAUAAUAUGAAGUUGCUGUUUGUUUGAGUCAUAUCAGCUCUGAUCAAAAGGGUAUAUUAUGCCAAUUGUUUCUUGCAAACAUUGGAGUUGAGUGGAGCAACACCAUGUUAUUCUGAUUAUUGACAGUAGUACUGCAAGACCAUUAGGGGGAAUUUCACAUCAAUGGCUCAGCAAAUCUCUGUACCAGAAUCCACGGGUGAGAUUUUGUUUCCAUCAAAAGGAAGAUGCUCAAUUCAUCAUUGUUCUUGGAUUUUGGCUUCAAGCUUGUCCAUGUCCUACAGCUACUACUACUACUACUUGCAUGAUUUUCCUUUUCUUUUAAAUUUUUUUUUUCCCCCUUAUAUAAUGAUGUUAUGGAACUCUUUUAUGUACUCUUAUUUCUCAUUUUUCAAAAUUCUAAGGAGAAACAAGAAGAAGUGACAAAUUAAAGGCUUCUGUAUUGAAAUGAAGGGUAGUCCAUUAAUGGGGUCCCCAUCUCAACACGUUGGAGACAUGCCCUACAGAGUCCACUGCAUGGGCUAGUUUCUAUGGCAAUGACACAACAUCAAUGACCAAGAUCUCUAUUCUUAAUGUAUGAAAUUCUUAACUUUCAUUCCAACCCCAAAUCAGUCUAAAUAUGUAUAUUCUUUGUUAGACAUAUUUCCCCCUUCAUUAACACCAACUUCAACUCCAAGUUCAUUUAACAGAUUGCAUAAAUGGUGUGCCUAGAGAAGAGAGAUUCAUAAGCAUUACUGAAUGGACUGUUCAUACGAUACAAAGUUGUACCCUCCCCUCCCCCCCCAAAGAAAAAAAACCCACAAGCAGGAAUCUGAAGUUGUAUAGAGUAUGGAAGGUAGCAGUGGCACUUCUUAUAAUGCAUCAGCCAAAAAAAUUUUAGAAUUGGAAACGCUACAGAAACAGCAUGAGGAGAAGACAAGGAAGAUUCAAAAACUAAAGGGCCAGAUAGAAUCAGUGAAGCUUCACUUGGAGAAGAAGCGGAAGGAAGUUUCAGAAGAGAAGAUGGAGAAUUUUAAGAUCUUGAGUGUGAAAUAUAACAACUUACGAGACGAAUACAAUGCAUUAUUGGCUGAAAAAACAAGGAAAUAGAAGCAAAAAUCCCCAUGUGGUAGACUCUUGUCAGGUGCUUAUAAGAAUAGGCAAGCUUAAACGUUGCAAUUUUUAUGCUUGUUAUUGUAAAAUUUAGAUCUUUCUAGGUUCUGUAUUUUAUUUUCCUGUCUUGCAGAACUCUUCAUGCAUUAAAUGUAACUUUUGUAAUCUUUAAAUUGUGAGAGCUUAGCUAAUCAUAGAUAUA